CACUAAAAAGUGUUGCUUUGAGGUUCCAAUCUCUGAACUCGGAAUGUUUUAAUUUUUUUGUGCUUCACUGAUUACUCAUGGAUCUGUCAGUGCCCCGUCUCAAUUUGUUGCGGCUCUUGCUGUUGCUUUGCUUUUCGGCAAAUUUGAACCUUGCAUCAGUUAUAACCAUCGAAGAUAAUGGUUACAAGGGAAUUGUUGUCGCGAUUCAUAAUCAUGUACCGGAGGAUUUGGAGCUACUAGAAAAUUUGAAGACCUUGUUUUCAAGAGCAUCCACAUUCCUAUAUAACUCUACUCAAAAUGGACUGUACUUCAAAGAAGUUAAAAUCGUCGUUCCGCCUACGUGGUCCCAAAGACCAGAAUAUGAAAUUCUACCGGGAAAUUUCUUCAGUACGGCACACAUCAGGGUGGACACACCUAAUCCGGAAUAUAAGGAUACACCAUAUACUGUACAGCCUGGUGGAUGUGGAGAACCAGGACAGUACAUCCAUUUGACACCAUGGUUCCUCAAAGAACUUAAUGGCGAAACAGUCGACAUGUUUGGAGCACCAGAAAGGCAACUGGUUCACGAGUGGGCACAUCUAAAGUAUGGAGUAUUUGAUGAAUACGGCAUUCCUGGAGAUAAACGAUAUCCUAUGUUUUACAACGAAAAUGGAAAGAUCCGACCAACAAGCUGUGUGCGUGACAUUAAAGGUUGGAUAGAAUCCCGAGAUGGGGGACCAUGCAAAAUGACACUCGAUGGUGAGGUCGAGAAGGAUUGCAUUUUUAUCCCUAACAUGCACAGUAAUGAAGCGAAAGCUUCAAUUAUGUACAUGCCAUUUAUACCAUCAAUGGAAGGCUUUUGUGACGAUUCCAGUCACAAGCACAAUAUUUACGCCCCUACAAAGCACAAUGCUAUUUGUAAUUACAGAAGUACAUGGGAUGUGAUUUCGUCUCACAGUGAUUUUCAACAAAGAGUUAAGCGUGAUACUGCAUCCCAAGAACUGACGGAAACCUUGUUCCGAAUUAUACAAUCUCCGACAAAUCCUACAUCACGUUAUGUUUUGGUACUGGAUGUUUCUGGCAGUAUGAAUGGGCAGCCGAUGAAGCUACUCCACAGCGCCGCUACAAGAUUAGUAGAAGAUCGGAUACCUGACGGUGCAUACUUAGGGAUUGUUCAAUUUAGUACAGAAGCAAGUAUUUUGCAAAAUCUAACUAAAGUUGACAGUGUUACAAGAGCUGAACUUAGUAAAAGCCUACCCUCAUUAGAUGAUGGAGGACGAACAGCAAUUGGAAAAGGAUUGCAAGAAGCUAUAAAAGUUUUAACUUAUGCUAAUGGUACAGCAGAAGGAGGCUUGAUCAUGCUCAUAACGGAUGGUGAGGAAAAUGUGUUGCCAUUCAUUGAAGAUAUCCUUCCAAAAGUCUUGCAGCACAAUGUUAUCGUAAAUGCUGUUGCCUUUGGGUCCGAGGCAAGUCAUAAAUUAGAAAAUAUGACUACUGUAACAGGUGGCAGAGGAUACUUUUUCUCAAACAAUGGCAGCAGACCAGCGUCUGCUUUAGAUUCAGCGUUUUUGGAGUCCAUAACUUCACAAGCAGAUGUUGAACUACAGCCAGUUCAGUUGAAAGAUGAAAUGUUUACUCUGGACGAAGAAAUAACAUCGAAGUUUGUCUAUAUUGACAAAGAGCUUGGAAAGGAAACCAUUUUUACAGUAACUUCGCCACAUAUUAGUCGGAUUGGCGAUAUUGUGCUAAGAAGUCCAACCGGAACGCUGUAUGAUUCUACAAGCCCUUACUACAAUCGCGAUGAUGUUUCUCGCCAAAGAAUAAAAGUUGCUCUUCCGGAAGCAGAGUCAGGUAGAUGGGAGAUAAUAAUCCGACGAAGAGACGACUACCCUAUUAUGGCCGGAUUUGCCGUUACUUCAGAGCCUAAAGACAUUCGAGAUCAACCAAUUCGUGUACGCUCUUGGUUGAACGAAAUUCAGUUGAAAUUUCCAGCUCAUGCCAAAGUAUAUGCUGAAGUGAAAAAGGGAUAUUUGGCUGUCAUUGGUGCUACAGUCAUUGCAACAGUUGAGCGACCUGUGGGACCCACAAUUGAUGUUGUAUUAAGAGACGAUGGUAUAGGUGCUGAUGUUACAGAAAAUGAUGGAAUCUACACUGGUUAUUUUACUCAUUUCAAUGGAAAUGGAAGAUAUGCUGUGAUUGCCAGAAUUACAAAUGAUGGUCAAGCAAGGCUAAAGCAAACUGUUGCAUCUGCUUCGCAGCCCAUUCCUGUACAAAAAAGUUCUACAAGUGAAAAACCUACAGUUCAAUUUAGCCCCGAAGAUUUUGAAAUGGUGGAUGGUAAUAACACAGAAACAGAAACUGAAGAAGCACUUGAAUCAGCAAGCCAAUUCGACAGAUCAUCCAACACAGGGGCGUUCCGUUUGGAAGCUUGGUCACCAGACGCUGGAGAUGUCAUACCUCCCGGUGAUAUAUUGGAUCUAUUCGUAUUAUCAAUAAAGGAGGAAAACGACGAAGAAUAUGACGUCACAUUCCAGUUUACAAUGCCAGGAGAUGAUUUGGAUGAAGGAAUUGCUACAUCACUAACAAUGAGAGCAAGCAAAAAUCAAGAAGACUUGCUAUCUGAUUUCGAGAAUGGAUAUUAUAUUAAUGAAACGUUAAUUACCAAUGGAUCAUUAAUACCAACUGCAGCUGGUGAGAAAACGAUACUCACAAUUCAAAUUCCCGAGGAUCUCAAAAACCAUGAAAAAGAAGCCUGGACCAUAUAUUUUGCAGUUAGAGCAAAAGAUGAAACUGGGAAAGUGUCUUCAAAAUUCAACGUAGUGUCAGUUACAUUCGGUAUGCGAGAGCAAAUUAUCAGAAGUCUUAGCAGCAAAAAAGAAGAUGAAGAGGUAGUUGAAGAACCAGAGGAACCCGAAAUUGAAAUUUCAACAUUUGAACACACAUCAGAAGAGACCACCCAAAAUAAAAUUGAAGAUGACAGCGAAAUGUUUGACCACGUAGAAGAUAACGAUGAAACUGGAAAGACACCGAAAGAAAUGUCUGAGAAAAUGAGUAAAAGGGAAGAGUCUGAAAAUAAUGGAAAUAAUUCCUUUAAAUGGUGGCCUGUAGCUGUUGGGAUUGGAGUGGCAAUCAGCGUUAUAAUGGUAGUCGUUCUGAUAGCGGUGUUAGUUUUAAAGAAGGCAAGAAUGAAAACUUACUCUUCGGUGCAACGUGAACAGUGUUGAACUAACUUGAACGUUUUUUGCAGUUCGUCUCCCCCUUCAUCAAUAUAAAUUUUACGUGAUGUUUUUACUCUACAUUGAUUUUUUUAUCUGGCAUAGGUGUGUGUGUGUGUUACUUAACUAUCUUUAUAAAAUAAAAUAUGAUUUGAAAAAUAUUUUUGCACUUAAAGUUAAAUUAAUCGUUAAUAAGUACUUUUUGGUAAAAAAAAUGUUUCUAGUGAUUUUAAAAUAUUACAUUUUAAGAAUGAAGUAAAAUCAUAAGCAUGUAUAAAGCAUCAUUUUUGUAAGCAAUGAAUGGACUUUGGUGUAAAGAAAUUUUUCAAAUGAAAUUUACGACAAAAAAUCAGACUGCUCUAAUGUGCCUCGU